AGAGAGAGAGUGGGACGCGUACGCACACGGUCACACCGACUGCCAGGAGUCCAGCUUCUCAGCCCCCUCCCCUACCCCAAAACAACUACCCCCCACCCCCUACCCCUGCAAAGAUGAUCCAGAUCUCUCGGUGAGGAGUCCCAGCCGCAGCUCGUCUGUUUGGCCCUUCUCUGUGGCUUCUUUGUGCUCCGCUUCGCGAGGGAUUAAAAGGCUCCCUGGAAUGCUGAACGCUGUGAAAGACCACUGAUGUAACAAUGGAGGAGGGAUACGAACUUGACCUGAUCUACGUGACGGAGCGCAUCAUCGCGGUAUCCUUCCCCAGGGGCUGCUCUGAGGAGACCUACCUGCGAAACCUGCAGGAUGUCACACGCAUGCUCAAGUCCAAACAUGCCAACAACUACCUGGUUAUCAACCUCUCAGAGAAGAGACAUGAUCUCACUAAAAUGAACCCAAAGACUAUGGACAUGGGCUGGCCUGACCUCCACGCCCCACCCCUGGAUAAGAUCUGCUCCAUCUGCAAAGCCAUGGAGAACUGGCUCAAUGCCGACCUUCAGCAUGUGGUGGUGGUCCACUGCCGGGGUGGAAAGGGGAGGAUUGGUGUGAUCAUCUCAUCCUUUGUGAACUUCACCAAUAUAUCAGCAAGUGCUGGUCAGGCUCUGGACCGCUUCGCCAUGAGAAAGUUCUAUGAUGAUAAAGUGUCUGCGCUAAUGACUCCAUCACAGAAGCGAUAUGUGUGGAUCCUGAACAGCCUGCUAACUGGCUCAGUGAAAAUGAACUCAUCGCCUCUGUUCCUGCAUUGUGUAAUUCUACACGGGAUUCCUAAUUUUGACACUGAAGGAGUAUGUCGGCCAUAUUUGAAAGUCUAUCAGGCAAUGCAAGUGGUGUACACUUCUGGAAUAUACAACAUAGGUCCAGGACACAGGAACAGGAUCUACAUUGCCCUGGAGCCAGCUCAGAUACUCAAAGGUGACAUCAUGGUGAAGUGUUACCAUAAAAGCCUUCCCAGGGGGGAAAAGGAGCUGGUUUUCCGCCUCCAGUUCCACACGGGCACCGUCCAAGGCUACAAUCUCAUUUUCGAGAAGGAGGACCUAGAGGGCGCAAACAGAAAUCCCAGGUUUCCAGAUUAUGGGAAGAUUGAACUGGUGCUUUCAGAGAGUCCAGAGAGGAUAACAGGGUCGGACCGAUGGCAGAACGGCCCGGACGUGGCUGUGGACUGCAGCCUCGUGGAAGCUCUGACCCGCUGGGACUCAUACAAGAACCUGAGCUGCGACGGGGAAGUGCUGCAUGCACAGGAGUCCAGGUCCUGCUCGUCCCGCCCCAAAGCCCGGCAGAAGAGUUCGGAGCAGUCGCCCCCGGGCGUGGCCUGCCGGACAGACCACAGCGACCACACCCUUUCGGCUAGCAGUGACUCGGGGCUCUCCAGCACCUCCGUGCUGACGGGCCGGGCCCAGGGGCCGCAGCGGGGCCCAAGCCAGCAGGAGGCCACGGAGCUGAAGAGGCUCCUGUGCGGGUUCGGGGUGGAGGGCUCGGAGCGUUCGGGCGCGGAGAUGCCGGGGGAGCGCUCGGUCUCCGCGGGACCGGCCCGGGGCGUGGCCUCGGCCCGAGGGGCGCGCGUGAACGGCGAGGCGCGGCGCCUGCGGGACCGGGAGACGGACAUCCUGGACGACGACGAGGACGGCCUCCACAGCGUGGACAGCAUCGGGACCAUGUCCUCCUCCGAGGGCCGGCACAAGGGCAGCCACAACUCCCUGCUGUCGGACGACUUCGGGAGUCACGGCGGCGACGAGCACCACGCUUCCGUCUCCGUUUCUGUUUCCACGGCGAUGGACACGAAUGGCGGGCGGGACGACUACGGGCGUGACAAGAGGGACUUCCUGUCGAGGGGGGCGGCCAUCCCCGUCAUCCGGGUGACCCAGCCCCCGGCCUUUGGGCAGGAGGGGUACUCCACGCAGACCUGGGUCCGCCAGCAGCAGAUGGUGGCAGCCCAGCAGUACCCCUAUAUGGCCACAGAGGGCGAUCUGCAAACCUGCAGGUCACCCACAGUACCAGAAGUCACCAUUAGGGGCAAGAGCGACAACAAGGUGGACGAAUUCGCCGCUCUCACCGUGGACAUCGACCAGUCGAUAGACCAGCUCAACCAGCUCAUCAUGGACCUCGACCCCACCUUCAUGCCUGUUGCCGCCCGCUCGAAUUCGGUCAAGAAAACCGAGGGGAGUCACACGACCAGGUCGACCGAACACCAGGUCAAUGGUCUGAACUGCAGGCGUGUAGACAGCAACGGGACUGGGCCGCAGAACAGCUAUCAGUCAGCUGUUCCCCCGAAUGACGUCAGAGCAGACAGACCACAGGGACUGAAUCACCAAGGAAAUGAUGUCACCGGCUGCCCUGGGUUCCGCCCUCCUGGGUGGGGACUGGCGGAGGACUUCCUGAAAUCGCCCGUCUACACGCCCGACCUACAGCCCUGUCAGGGCAUCCUGUACAGGACUAACAGUGUGGGGUACAGGAGACAGGGUGAGGAACUGGACUGCAGGGUUGCAGGUGGCAUUGACAUAAUGGUUCCCCCUACACCCUCCUUCCCCGUGUCCCCAGGAACCCCCUAUGUGAAAGAAAUGUCUGAGUUCCCACAUGCCAGUGUCCAGGGUGGGUUCUACAGGACUGAGCAAGAAUCAAGGAGCUGUGUGGAGAGCAACAACCACUUCGCGCUGACCUCCGGCCCGUCAGUCAACGUCAGCCCCGCCCCCUGUCAGAGACCCGCGGGAAUGACGUGCGCCGUGUCCACGAGUGGUCCCCUCCCUCGGACUGAGAGCGUCUCUUCGGGACAUUCCUGGCCAGAGGGGGGCCGGAGAGCGCCCCAGGGCUGCCAGUCCCCCCAGGACCCCCGGCUGUCCCCCCCGCAGUCGCACCCCGUCUCCCUGGGGAACAGCCCGCCCGGAGGGGCCCAGAGGGGCGGCUGGUGCAGGUUCGAGGAUCGGGACGGGCCCGGCCUCUCCCCGGUCCCGGGGCAGGGCCUGCUGGGGUUGGGGCCGCCCUUGCCGGAGAAGCGGAGGAUUUCGGAGGGGGAGCGGUCUCUGAGGUCCCCCUCUCCCUGCCUCAGUGGGUUCUCCAGCCCUCUCAGCGGGAGCACCUCCAGCCUCCCCUUCCCCAACGUCCUGUCUGAGCCCCACUCGUCCCGCGCCCUGGACACCCCCUCACCCGUCCUAGAUCUGCUUGAUGGUAAACACGUGACAGUGAAAUUUGUACAGGACACCACAAAAUUUUGGUACAAGCCAGACAUCUCACGGGACCAGGCUAUUGCCGUCCUGAAGGACAGAGAGCCAGGCGCGUUCAUCGUUCGGGACAGUCACUCGUUUCGGGGGGCCUACGGGCUGGCCAUGAAGGUGGCCACACCGCCCCCCUCUGUUCUGCAGCAGGGCAAGAAAGGUGGAGACCUGUCCAUUGAGCUGGUUAGACACUUCCUGAUUGAGUGCACACCCAAAGGAGUCAGGCUCAAAGGCUGUCCCAAUGAACCCUACUUCGGCAGUCUCACAGCCUUGGUUUGUCAGCAUUCCAUCACUCCACUCGCCCUGCCCUGCAAGCUCAUCAUACCAAAUACAGAUCCCCUGGAAGAACUGCAGGAGACGCCUCCUCCAACCAUCUCCAACUCCGCAGCCGAGCUCCUCAAGCAGGGAGCCGCCUGUAACGUGUGGUUCCUGGGCUCCUUGGAGAUGGAGUCACUGACAGGCCACCAGGCCAUCCAGAAGGCCACUGCCAUGACCCUAAACAUGGACCCGCCCCCUAUCUCCACGGUUGUCCACUUCAAAGUGUCGGCUCAGGGGAUUACGCUCACGGACAACCAGAGGAAGCUGUUCUUCAGAAGGCACUACGCUGCCAGCACAGUGAUAUUCUGUGCCUUGGACCCUCAAAACAGGAAAUGGAUGAGAAAUAGCAUCUCCUCAGCAAAGAUUUUUGGCUUUGUGGCACGCAAGUCAGGCAGCGCCAUGGAGAACAUGUGCCACCUGUUCGCCGAGCACGACCCCGAGCAACCUGCCAGCGCCAUCGUCAACUUCGUCUCCAAGGUGAUGAUCGGCUCCCAUAAGCUCAAAUAGACCCCCCCUCUACUGCCCUCUACUGGCUUGAACUGCAGCCGCUCAGAGUCCGAAACAGAGCCGCUGCUAAGCAACGCGGGGCACUGUGACCGCGCCGUGCAGACGCCAGGCGGCUGUAGUCUCACGGAGAAACCGCGAUGGCAAACUGACAAAAAAGGUGAAUUCACCACAAAAAAACAAAUGCUCUUCGUGGGUAACCGGUGAAUGUAAGGUCACGCAAAAAUAUAAAUUUUUCUUCAGAUUAAAAAAAAAAAAAAAAAACACAUCACCUGCGGAUUUCAGUUUCUUGAAAUGUCUCAGUGUCCUGUGCUUUUAAAACAAAGCUGAGCGUGCAGGUAAGGUCAAACUUGCCCAAAAUCGCCUAACAUCCACUCGCCUAAAUAAAAGUGCCUGUCAACUGCCGUUCGCCGAGCCAGCCCGCGGUGCUGAAUAGUCCUCUGUAUGGGCACAGUUUCUGAGAAAAAACCUUCUUUUAUUCGGGUAAGAUGUGUGUGUUGUAGCCAUGAUUUCAUGGCUAAGAGUCAUAAUGUUACAUUUAUAUUUAAGCUCCACCUGAAAUGAAUCAAGAACUAAAUCACGUAUGCUAUUUUACCAAGAGUUUUGUGCGCUUUAAUAUUUCAAAGGCAUCGCAUUGUACAUUGAGUGCUUUGCCUUCAGCUUUAAAGAAAGUCAAGUAUAAUUGUAUUCAAAUGUGAUUUCAUGUGGUGUCAAAUCCUGUUGUUUGUAUUUAAUCAAAAUGUUCUUAAACUUUUCAAACAUUUAUAUCAGAUACUCUGAAUUUCUUCCCAUUGUCACGUAUGGUAAAAUCCUCAAAACAUGAACACGUGUGUGCAUGUGUAAAACACAAUAUAAUAUGCUGCAUUGUGUAAAUAUCUGAUGAAAGUCAAUGUGCCUUUUUUGAUUGAAUACGUCAUCUUUUUGUAUUUACUGUUGUGGUAAGCAAGAUAAUACAAAACACUUUCUUUUGUUAUGCUUCAUUAAAAGGAUCUUUGAAAAUGUAUGUUAAAGCAUGCGUAAUAUCGUAUGAUGCAUUAAAACAUUCAGAGAGUAUAUAAUAUUUGUAUGGGUACACACAAGUAAUUGUCAGGAAUAUUUUUGUAUUUACAUGACAACUGUUUUUUUACAAUUUUACAAAAUCUUAAUAUAUUUUAUAACUACAGUACAUUAAAUUGUUUAUAUAGCAGAUCUACAAAUGGUAUAUAUAUAUUCGUGUAGAAGAGUCAUGCGCAAUUAAACAUUCACAUCUGUAUCAUGUUUGUUCAGUUUGUUUAGCUUCUCAAGUAUUCCCUUAUUAUCAUAUUGUCAUUAUUGUGUAUUUCAGUGUUAAACUGUUUAAUAGCGUAUUUGUCCUCUUGUUAAAAUUUGUUUCAAGAUUUGAAAUGAAACGUAGCUUGAGACAGCUGCUUCAAAGCCUACCGAUUGUGAUGUCAUCAGUUACCUUCAUCAUAAAUGCGAUCUUCUCGGUCAUCUCUGUAUUUUACUGUGCAAGCUUGGGGAGAUUUUGUUAAAACAAUGACCAGGCCAUAUGUUUACUUAUGAGUACUGUUCAUGCUAUGCUGUUUAUAGUCAUUUCCAUAUUGUGUAUUGUGAUAUGCUUACUUGUAAAAUUGGUUUUUUUUUCCUCACUGUAUAAAUGUAUGAUGCAUCGUAUUCUGUACCUCGAGCAUACCAGCUAUUUUAAAGACAAUAAAAUUACAUUUUAUGUAA